UAAGUGACGUCACCAUUCCUCUUACGACUGGAGAAGUAUUAUGCUUCAUAGUCGUAUAUUAUAUUUCUUGGCGCGAUAAAAAAUUGGGUGGCUGAAUGGAAUUGUAAUCGUUCCCAUUGAAAAUAUUUCUUUGCUGUAAAAAGUUGUAUACACGAUGGGGCUUUCCAUUUCAAAGUUGCUAUCUCGUCUUUUUGGAAAGAAGGAGAUGCGAAUUCUGAUGGUGGGUUUAGACGCAGCUGGAAAAACAACCAUUUUGUACAAGUUAAAGCUCGGUGAAAUCGUUACUACUAUUCCAACGAUUGGGUUCAACGUUGAAACUGUAGAAUACAAGAAUAUUAGUUUUACUGUAUGGGACGUUGGUGGUCAAGACAAGAUACGACCUUUAUGGCGCCACUAUUUUCAGAAUACUCAAGGAGUCAUCUUCGUUGUGGACAGCAAUGACAGAGAAAGGUUUCCGGAGGCGCGUGAAGAACUUCAUAAGAUGUUGUCGGAAGAGGAGCUGCGAGACGCUGUCUUAUUGGUUUUUGCUAAUAAACAAGACUUGCCAAACGCAGCUUCAACGGCAGAAGUAGUUAACGCACUCGCUUUGCCCUCUCUGAGAAAUAGAACUUGGUUUAUUAUGUCCUGCUGUGCAACUAACGGCGAUGGUCUGUUUGAGGGGCUGGAUUGGUUAUCUGAUCAGCUUUCUCGUCGUUGAAAAUACUGAAAUAAAGUUACUGUACACAGCAUGAAAUGCGUCUUUGUCAUUCUGACUCAGUUCUCACAAGAAUAGGCAACUACUCAUCGUGGAAAGAAAUAUCGAAAGAUUGAUUUUACAAAUUCAGGGGUCGUCAAAUAAAGAACAUUUUGAACAAAAAUAAUCCUAUUUUGUUCUUUUGCGUAUCUAGCGAAUGAAAUGCAACAUCUAUUGCUUAGGCUCAGCUUCAUGGGUUUCCAACCUCAAUUUGUCCUGGGGGAUGUCAGCCAAAUUGCCAAGACAGUAUUUACUGUAGCAAUCUAGAUAUAACAAAUUGGUCUCCAAGUGCUCUAAGGAACAAUAUUGUUGAUUAGAAUAUUAAACGAGAUAUGCAUAGAAAAAUAGGAGAGUCAUCCUGAAACCCAUACAAAGUUUCCAAGAUCCCAUCGCACAGUACAGUCGUCAGCAAACGUUAACUCCCUUGCAUAAUUCAAGAAUAGGUCGAGCCAUAUCUUCUCGAGAGAAAGCUUCCACUGACUGGUUGUGCUGUUGUAUUUACGAGACACUACUCAGCGUCAGAACAACUCGAACCUAAAGAAGACAUAUCACUGUCAUAUUCUUAACAGAAACCAGAAACUAAAAGGAUUCGAGAAUAUCAAUGGUCGUAACUACUGUGCACUGAAGAUGUAUCCCCCAAGUGAUUUAAUUUUUCAUA